AUGAAUAAACGAAAACAGUCUAUGCUCUUAGAGUUUUGUAAUAAAAAAAAGAACAAUAGUUCCAAUUCUACAGUGGUAACUGCGGAUGCCGAUGAUACAGUUGUAAUAUCCGAGGUAAUACCAGCGUCAACAACAACUUAUAAUAAAGUAACUACUAUUAAUAUUGAGGUAGAAAAUGAUAUUUCCUCAUUAGUUAUUAGUAAUGAUAUCGGUCAUUAUAUUAAUUCAUCACGUGUUAUUGAAGAUACUGUUAAAAUAAAACUUUUGGAAAAUAAGUGGAAACCACCCCCAAGCUUUAAAUAUCCGUUUUCAAUUCAUAAAAAACAGGGAAAAGAAGAAAAACGGUUUUUGAGGUAUAACCAUUUUGAACAAUUUCCAUGGCUUGUUUAUUUGGAGUCAUUAUCUGGUUGUUUUUGUUUAUACUGUACAUUGUUCUUAGUUCAAAAUAUUGGUGGAAAACAAAAUACGGAACAAUUAAAAAAAUUAGUUACAGUUCUUUUAAAGAAGUAUGCUAAAUUACUAGGCAAACAUGGUGAUUUGGAAAUGCAUAGUAACAAUGAAUAUCACAAAAAUGCUAUCUUACGUUCUGAAGAUUUUGUACGAACACAUCUCUGUCCCGACAAACGAGUAGAUAAUUUAUUAAGUACCAAACGUUAUAGACAAGUAACUGAAAACCAAAAUCGGUUAAAGCCAAUUGUCGAAUCUAUAAUAUUUUUGGGCCGCCAAAAUAUUGCGUUUAGAGGACACCGUGACCAAGGAAAUUUAACUGAUAAACAUAAUUUAAAUGAAAUUAAAAUAUCAUCUUCUGUAGUUAACGAAGGCAACUUUCGUGAACUUUUGAGAUUCCGUAUUAGAUCUGGGGAUGAUUGCUUAAAAAAUCACUUGCUUACAGCCCAUUCAAAAGCAACAUAUAUCUCACAUACCACACAAGAUCAAUUGAUUAAAUCUCAUAUUUCUCAAAUGAGCUUAAUUUUAAGAUAUAUCGAUGAAAAAAAUCAAGUUUUUGAACGAUUUGUCGGAUUUUUGAAUUGUCAUGAUAAAUCUUAUGAUAAUGCAAAUGUUGACGAAGAACUUCAAGUAAACGAACCCAAAUUAACUGGAGAAAAAUUAGGAGAUAUUGUAAUAUCUAUUUUAAAAAGCAUGUCACUAGAUCUUGAAAACUGUGUUGGUAUUGGAACAGAUGGAUGUUCGGUCAUGAUCUCUCAACUUCGUGGUGCUGUUCAACAGGUCCAAAAACAUUGUAUAAAUGCUGUACACAGUCCCUGUUCUAACCACGCAUUAAAUUUAUCAAUUUCAAAGUCAUCAGACGUACAGCUUAACAAUCUUAAAGAAUGCAAACGUUCCAUAACUAGUUUAUGCGAAACAAGGUGGGUUGAACGUCAUACUAGCAUUUUUGAAUUUCAGUCUUGUUUGUCAGAAAUUAUAGAAAGUUUAACUGACAUAUCUGAAUGGACUGACCAUAUUUCUUCGUCAAAAGCUAAAACACUUUUAAUGGCUGUAACUUGUUGUGAUUUUAUUAUUACCUUAUUUGCAUUGACCGACGUUUUAAGUGUUACACUACCAGCCAGUAGACUUUUACAAAGUUACGAUAGAGACAUUGCAGAAGCAUCUGAUAUAAUCGAUGGUAUUAUACUUACCCUCUCUGGAAAACGAUCUAAUUGUGAAUCGGACUUUUCACAAUUAUUUGAACAAAGUAAGAAUGUUAUGAAUAAAUUGGACAUUGAUUUAAAAUUACCAAGAAUUGCCAAACGCCAAACACAAAGAUCUAAUACUCCUGCUCAAUCACUAGAAGAAUAUUAUCGUCGAGUUUUAUAUAUUCCAUUACUUGAAAACAUUUCAGAAGACUUGCAGUCACGUUUUCUUAGUACAAAAACUAAAACAUUUAUAUUGAUGCUGCUUAUACCAUCCAAUGUUUUAAACAUAUCAAAUGACAAAAAACACGAACUUCUUCAGGCUGUAACAAAUCACUAUGCAUACUUGGAUAUUAAUAUUUUAGAAUUUCAAGGAGAAAUAGAACUAUGGAAAACCAAAUGGAUUGAAAGUAAAAAUGAAUGUAAGUAUUUGAUUUAUAUUUGUCUUUCAUAUGCAAGCAUCACUGCGUUCGAUGCACACGUCUUAUUCCAACUCCGUUAUAAUUUCGUUGUUAUUCUCGCUCUGUGCAACCGAUUUGGUUCAAAUUUAUAG